AUGACAAACUUUUGGUGUGCUGCGAUCUGCCUCCCACAAGCGUGUGUUGAUGAGAUAGAAAAUAUGUGCUCUGACUUCUUGUGGAGUGGAAAUCCUAAUAUUACUUCUGAGGCCAAGGUUGCUUGGGAGGAGCGGUUCUUUUCCUGUUCCACCUCCUUAUGGGGCACAUGGGUGAGACAGUACCUUCUUCGUGGUGAGACCUUUUGGGACGCAAGGGAUACGGGACAAGGCUCGUUGCUAUGGAGGAAGUUGUUGAGACUUAAAGCCUUAGAAAAGCAACUUAUCAGGAUGGAUAUCAGAGACGGCUGUACGAGGUUCCGCAACUGUCGUGACAUUCACAUUCAAGAAGUAGUCGAGGAUGUUGUUCGUUUUCCUCUUUCUCUCGUUGCAACAGAAGAUGAUGGUGUUUCUUGGAAGCGGGGUGCUGGUGACUAUAGUGAUCAUUUUGUAGCAGCGGAAACUUGGCAUCAACUCCGAGAACGCAAGACUGAAGUCUUUUGGCAUAAGUUAGUCUGGUUCCCUCAGGGGGUACCUCGCUAUGCUUUCAUCACGGGGCUGGCCGUGCGAGACAGGCUUGCAACAGGUUACCGUACACACCAAUGGGGGAAACGUAGUUCUGUCUUUACUGUGGAGAACCGGAUGAGACGCGAGACCACAUUUUCUUUGCAUGUCCCUUUACAUUCACACUCUGGUUAA